AUGUUCGAAGAUGUUCGGCGAGAAAAUCUCUUGCUAACAACCAUAGUCGGAGGGGUUUCGGCUGCAAUCUCCAAAACGGGCGCGGCCCCAAUCGAGCGUGUUAAGAUGCUGAUCCAGACUCAGGAUGAGAUGAUCAAAUCAGGUCGACUUGACCGCAGGUACGAUGGCAUCAUCGAUUGCUUCAAACGCGUGGUCAAACAAGAAGGAGUCCUCGCAUUGUGGCGCAGCAACGGCGCAAACGUUGUCCGCUACUUCCCCACACAAGCUCUUAACUUCGCCUUCAAAGACAAGUUCAAAGCCAUGUUCAAUUUCAAAAAGGAGAGGGAUGGCUUCGGCAAGUGGCUCGCUGGUAACAUUGCUUCUGGUUCGGCAGCCGGAGCCACAUCCAUGCUAUUCGUUUACUCCUUAGACUUCACUCGCACCCGCCUCGCAAGCGACGCAAAAGACAUGGCCAAAGGAGGACAGCGCCAAUUUACUGGCAUGAUUGAUGUGUACCGCAAAACACUGGCAUCUGACGGCGUUCUGGGGCUGUAUCGCGGCUUCGGUCCGUCUGUUGCUGGCAUUGCCGUGUAUCGCGGGAUCUAUUUUGGGUUCUAUGAUUCUUUGAAGCCAUACGUGCUCGUUGGGGUACUUAAAGACAAUUUCUUGGCAUCGUUCAUGCUUGGUUGGGGGGUCACGACUGUUGCGGGGUUGGCUGCGUAUCCCCUGGAUACGGUGAGGAGGCGGAUGAUGAUGACUUCGGGAGAGGCUGUGAAGUAUAAGUCAUCCUUUGAUGCUGGGAGGCAAAUCAUUAAGGCCAAUGGGGCUAAGGCACUGUUUAAUGGUGCCGGCGCGAAUAUCCUUAGAGGGGUGGCAAGUGCCGGCGUAUUGUCUAUUUAUGAUCUGGUACAGCGCAUGUUUGGUUCUUCGCUCAAGUGA